UCUCUUAAUUUGGGAGGCGGACAUAGCAGGUCGGCGUAUUGGUCACAUGACAUAUCUACAAUUUAUCACAUGACCUGUAUAAGGAAAUAUCGCAGCUGAAGAGGAGAAAGGUGGAUUGUCUUUGCUUUACAUUUUGAUCGAUAUCCGCCAAAUCGUCGAAAAUGAGUGCUAGUUUGGACAUCAGACUGAAAAGAGCAAAUAAAGUAUAUCAUGAGGGGGAGGUCCUUGCCGGUGUUGUGGCGAUAGUUAGUAAGGAGGCGGUCCAGCACCAGGGCAUCACUCUCACCAUGGAGGGAAUUGUCAACCUACAGCUUAGCUCCAAGAGUGUGGGAGUCUUUGAGGCCUUCUACAACUCUGUUAAGCCCAUUCAACUUAUCACGAGCAACAUUGAAGUGGUAAAGCAAGGCAAGGUGCCUGGAGGCAAGACAGAGAUUCCCUUUGAGUUCCCCCUGCACACAAAGGGCAACAAAGUGCUGUAUGAGACCUACCAUGGCGUUUUCGUCAACAUUCAGUACACCCUCCGUUGUGACAUGAAGCGCUCCUUGUUGGCCAAAGACCUGAGCAAGACCUGUGAAUUCAUGGUGCACUGUCUGCCACAGAAAGCCAAGCUGCAACCCACCCCGGUAGACUUCACCAUCACGCCAGAGACCCUGCAGAAUGUCCGCGAGAGGAGUUUGCUGCCCAAGUUCCUGAUCCGGGGCCACCUGGAUGCCACCAACUGUGUGAUCACUAAGCCCCUGACUGGAGAACUGGUGGUGGAGAGCUCUGAUGUGGCCAUCAAGAGCAUCGAGCUACAGCUGGUCCGCGUAGAGACCUGCGGCUGUGCUGAGGGCUAUGCCAGAGAUGCCACAGAGAUCCAGAACAUCCAGAUAGCAGAGGGAGAUGUCUGCCACAGCCUCCCCAUCCCCAUCUACAUGGUCUUCCCCAGGCUCUUUACCUGCCCUACCCUUGAGACCAUCAACUUUAAAGUCGAGUUUGAGGUGAAUGUGGUGAUUGUCCUCCAUGACGAACAUCUGAUCACUGAGAACUUUCCUCUGAAGCUGUGCCGAGCGUGAGAGCCCAGAGCUCCACUACAAUGGAGGAUGGUCAGAGGAUAGUGCCUUUGACAUGCCUGGGCAAGAACGACCUGAAGUGACCAAGGACUCAAAGUCCAGAGAGAGCCAAGCCUACAAGUCCUGGCAGACAGCCAUAUCUGUUGGCUGGGCUUCCCUGCUCUGAAUGACAGUCUAUAAGUGCAUAUGUUAUAUGGAUGUAUGUCUCCAGUUCAGAAAAAAAAGACUGAAAAAGCAGAGGAUGUUCAAGAUUGUGGGCUACCAUUCAAUAUAAUAGUGCAAAUGUCAAAAUGGAUCAAGUAACAUAAUUGUGUAUCAAUUCAUGAUAUCGUUGAAGCCGCAUUGUUGCAUUUCAGAAGUCUUUUGGGGAGACAUUGCCCAUCAUUAGCAGUAAUGUGGUCAAUUUCUAACUGAAUGUUGGCACUGUCAAAAUGUAGCCCAAAGAACAUUCUAAAUGGAGGCCUUUCAAACUAACAAGGUAUUCAAAAUCAACCGUGUUAUUAAAUGCUAUUUAACAUUCCA